UAGAAAUACAAGUGCAACAACAACAACUAAAACAACAACAACAAAAACAUAAACAGUAUUUAUUUUAAUCAAAUUAAGAUAUGUGGGGCUCACGUGCCUCAGUUAACUCUCUUCUAGAGAGCCGCCGUCCACUGCGCCACAUAGCACUGACCACGACAGGACUUGACCAUGAGAUGACCCUGCUGCAGGACAACCCUGACCACCGGGUAGAAUUUGAAAUAAAGUACCUGGGCGAUAUCCCAGGAGUGCCGGGGCACACAGACACAACCAACAGAACAGAGGUCUUAAAGAUUAUAGACAGGGGAAAGAAGCAGGGACUUGUACCUCUACAGUUGAGCACAGAUCAGGACGCUGUGCUGCACCUAGGUACAGAGUCCAUCAAGAUCACCAGGCGCGAUGGUGCAGAGGAUGAGCUACAACACUACAAGCUGCAUGACAUUGCUCAGGUGUGCUAUGUGGACGAGGAUGGGCAGCAUAUACUGGCAGUCACACAUGGCACCCCAGAAAUUGUCAACAUGACAGUGCUUCUCUGUGAUAGUCAGGAGCAAGCAGAGGGUGUCCACUGUCUGUGGGGCUACUGCUUCCAGCUGGUCUAUGAGGACGCAAUGAUCAAACUCAUAGAGGAUACCAUUGACGGAACUAUUGAAGCAUUUGACCCCAAGACUUCCACUCCUGGCACAGGAUCAACGAAAAGCAUGUACAUCAGUGGUGACCCCCACCCUCCCCCCAGUGUCACUCCCAGUGACACAUCCACACAGGCUGAGAUAUUACACAAAUACAUGUGGCAGCUGAAGACCAAGUUAAAGAUAGAUGAACUUGUACAGUUUUCUGACAUGUGGAAGAACUGGAACUUUGCGAAGUCAAAAUUACUGGAGUUUUGUGAAAGCCUGUACACCUUGUUUGGGCUAGAGAGAACUUAUCUGUUGUCUGGUCUUUUACCAUUCAUACCUGCCAAGGAUGUGGACAUAUUCAACGAUUUUCUCCAGAAACAUGAGAUCAGUCUUCCUAGACAUGGACAUGGAACUCUCAGCAGUCUAAAUGGAUAUCCUGCUUUCUAUACGAGUUCAAUAAGUGAUAUGUCCAUCAACAGCAACACGACAAUGAAUGACGCUGACCUUGAUUCCAGUGACCGUGACUAUAACGAGCUGGACAACAUGGGCAAAAAGUUUGAGAGUAUUGAGCUCAGUGUGGGUGACACAGCCCAGACCUACUUUCCACAGGCUGGAAGCAGGAAUGGCAAGGUUUGAGGCAGCCUUGAGGGUUAAGGCUGUGGUAUACCAGUUUGAGGCAGCCUUGAGGGGUGACUGUGGUAUACCAAGGUGCCUUAUAUUGCGGCUCUAUGCAGUGUGGAAUGGAGGAUAUUGUUUGAAUAUAUCAUUAUAUGUGAUGCCCUGGACGGUAAGGAAGAUGUCCUGAACAGAACAGGAUAGUCACAGAGGAAAAAAAGAAGAAAAAACACAUGUUUUUUUUAGAAGACUUCAUAAAAGAAUUUUAACAAUUGAAAGAAUAAAAGAAGAAAAAAAAUAUGACUCUCUUAAUCCAGUUAUAGAGGAAAGAGUAUUUGCAUAAAUACAUAAAAGACCUAUUGUACAAAGUAAAAUGCAGUAAGUGGCAAAACUCGAUGAAUUAUGUAAAACUAUAUGGAUUACCAUUCUAGUCCAGUACCGUAAUUACUCUAAGUUUUCGGACACUUAAAAUUAAUUUAAAAAAUGUUGUGUCUGAAAAUUAAGAUACGAAAAAUAUUCAAAAAUUACGAGUGUCCGAAAAUUUAGAGACAUAGAUGUUACGGUUGUUUGUCAAUUUACUGAAAAUGGUAAUCUACCCAAUAACGCAAUUGUAAUGGUUCAUUGCCCUCAGGGCAUUCUAUGCCAGGAGUCAUUAAUUAUGGACAAAAAUCAGUAUGUCCGAAAAUAUAGUCAUGAAAAAUAAUUAUUUUGGCUAAAAAAGAGGGUGUCCGAAAACUUAGUGUCCGAAAACUUAGAGUAAUUACGGUAUAUAAAUUUGAAGCACAUGUUUCAGAUGUGGCAUAGCAUGCAUAGUUUACUUCUUUACAUUAAAUGUUAGAAAUUGCAGAAAUGUUUGCAACAUAGGUCAAAUGUUUGCUUUGGAAACUAAAUUUGGAAAUUCAAACAAUCAAUAAUGUACACAUGACAUGACAACAUUUCUUAUCAUGUAUUUUGUCAACACUUACAAAUAUGUGGCCCAUCAGUCCAUCAUAUUUAAUGCAAACAGAUAAGAGCCAAUCGAAAAAAUGAACGUACGAAGACAAUAUCAUUUAAGUAAAUAGAUCUUUAUUUUAAGACAUACAUGUAUGUUGGUUUUAGUGUAUAACUGUAUCUUAUUUCAUAAUUUGUUAUUAAAAAAUGAUUGUAAUAUAUUUAUAUUUAUUAUGCCCCCCUUCGAAGAAGAGGGGGUAUAUUGCUUUGCUCAUGUCGGUCUGUCGGACUGUCUGUCGGUCGGUCUGUCCGUCCACCAGGUGGUUGUCAGACGAUAACUCAAGAACGCUUGGGCCUAGGAUCAUGAAACUUCAUAGGUACAUUGAUCAUGACUCGCAGAUGACCCCUAUUGAUUUUGAGGUCACUAGGUCAAAGGUCAAGGUCACGGUGACCUGAAAUAGUAAAAUGGUUUUUGAAUGAUAACUCAAGAACGCAUACGCCUAGGAUCAUGAAACUUCAUGGGUAGAUUGAUCAUGACUUGCCGAUGACCCCUAUUGAUUUUGAGGUCACUAGGUCAAAGGUCAAGGUCACGGUGACCCGAAAUAGUAAAAUGGUUUCCGGAUGAUAACUCAAGAAGCAUACACCUAGGAUCAUGAAACUUCAUGGGUAGAUUGAUCAUGACUUGAAGAUGACCCCUAUUGAUUUUGAGGUCACUAGGACAAAGGUCAAGGUCACAGUGACCCGAAAUAGUAAAAUGGUUUUCGGAUGAUAACUCGAGAACGCAUACGCCUAGGAUCAUGAAACUUCAUAGAUAGAUUGAUCAUGACUUGCAGAUGACCCCUAUUGAUUUUGAGGUCACAAGGUCAAAGGUCAAGGUCACGGUGACCCGAAAUAGUAAAAUGAUUUUCGGAUGAUAACUCAAGAACGCUUUUGCCUAGGAUCAUGACACUUCAUAGGUACAUUGAUCGUGACCCGCAGAUGACCCCUAUUGAUUUUCAGGUCACUAGGUCAAAGGUCAAGGUCACAGUGACAAAAAUCGUAUUCACACAAUGGCUGCCACUACAACGGACAGCCCAUAUGGGGGGCAUGCAUGUUUUACAAACAGCCCUUGUUUAUAAUUAUGUAUAAAAGUACGAUGGGUAUAAUGUGUUAUAAUCUGUGCAUUUUUGUAGCUAUAUUAGAGUUUUAUUGUUUUUUUUACUGCAUUUGUUGGUAAACACAUGUUUGUGAAUAUUUUGCAUAUGUUAACAUUUGUUAAGAUAUGUUAGUAAGACUGUUAGACAGAUGUUAUUGUUGGAAAAAUAUUUUUGUUAUAUUUUCAACAAAUAUUUAAAAAAAUUACGUUUUAAUUGUGUUUUGUAUUUUUGUCACAAAUAAAGUUAUGUAUUUCACUUAAAGGCAUUUUAUAAAAGUAAUUAUGUUGGCACUAAAUGAUCAACAACAAUUAAUCGUGUUGCAGCCAAUUAUACCAUUCAGUUUAGACAAGUUUCAUACCACUUUUAGACACGGCCUAAUCAACAUCAUCCAUUGUGCUUUCAUAAAAAUCACUGAAACUGGUUUAAAUCCUAUCAUUUGAUACAGUGCAUGUGUGUAUUAUGAUUGGUUGUCACAUUUUAUGUUGUUAUUUUAUCUUUUGUCUAAAUGUUUCUCACCUGUGCAUGAAGUGUUCAUUGUGAGCUUAUUUGGUCACCCUUAGUGAAAGGUCCAUGGUUGUGCACGAGUGCGUCGUCAGUGGUGUGUUUUCAACUGUUUGGUCCUUACGUAAAUAGAGCUUCUUUUUUAUUGAAUCAUAACGAAACUUGCUCAGAAUGUUUAUCUUGAAAAUGUCAAGGCUGGGGUCGAAUCCAGGUUACAUGCAUGCAACCAAAAACUAGGUCACAAGAUCAAUUGCUUCACAAUAUCUAGUUGGAAUUUGAAACUGGGUCAGAUGCUUCAAAAACAAGGUCACUAGGUUAAUACUUAGAAAAAAACUUACCGCUUUAGAGGCCACAUAAAUGACUGGUGAUCAAAAUGGUUAUCUUUAAAACAUCUUGGUUGAGUUCCAAUCAGGGUCAACUAUUCUUAGGACUUGGUCGAGAGAUCUUAUCUUAGAAAAACCAUGUUAUCACUUUUCAUGUCAUAUUUAUGACUAAAUCUUUAUGAAACUUGGUAUCUUGUUAAUGUGCAUCAAGGAACUAUGUUGUUAGGUCCAAGCUUAGAAAAUCUUAGAUCUUACUGCUCUAGAAGACACAUUUGUGACUCAAUCUCUAUCAUAUCUAAACUGGGCUUGAUUGUGGUUAACGUGUAUAAAAACUAGGUCACCAGGUCAAAUUUUACAAAAACUUGUCACCAACCUAGCAACCAUACGUAGGACUCAAACUUAGACGAAAUGUGGUCUGAAAGUUUAUCUUGGCUAUAUCUAGGUUGAUUAUGAAUCUGGGUCAUUUGCAUCCAAGAAAUGGAUCAACUGAUGAAAUUUACAAAAGUCCUAGCUACUUCUUUAGCUUUAACAAAUAUGCUACCACUCUAUAGCCCACAUUUUUUACUCAAUCUUGAUGAGACUUUGUCAGAAUUUUUAUCUUUAUAAUGCCUUGUCCAUUGUCCAAGUUUGCCAAUGGAUUAUGUGCUUUUUCAAAUUAAGUCAACAGGUCGAAUCUUUAAAAAAAACUUGUCACCACUCUAGAUGCAACAUUUAUUACUCAAUAUUGAUGCAACUUUGUAAGAAUAUUUAUUUUUCUGAACAAUUUCUUGUCUAAGUUUGAAUCUGGGUCAAGUGCUUCCAAAAAGAAAAUAACCUGGUCAAAUAUUGAAAAUAACCUGGUCAAAUAUUGAAAAUAACCUGGUCAAAUAUUGAAAAUAACCUGGUCAAAUAUUGAAAAAAACAUGUUACCACUGACAAGGUCACAUUUAUGAUUAAAAAAUGAUGAAAAUGAGUGAAAAUGCUUAUAUUCUUUUAUUAAAAGUUUUUUCAAAUUGACACACUUUAAGUUAUGUAAAUCAUGUGAUAGUUAUUAAUUGUGCAAAACAUAAUUUAAGACAAUAAAGUAGCAGUUAUCAAUCGAAAGGCAACUGUUAUUUAUCAGUAAAAAUUUAGAUGUAACAGGCUGUAGAAAUAUUUUAAACACAAUUAUUCAAAGGUCAUAAUAAAUUAAAAUACAACUAUAUUUAUUUUAUUAUCAUUUAUUCAUGAAAUCUCCACUGUUUGUAAAAAGCUGGAGAAAUAGUUCAUAAAAAUGAAUUUUCCAUGUCAGCAGUUUUGUGCUGUGUUUCAUUUCAUAUCAUCGAAACUCUGCUGCAACUGACGGAAUGGUGAAACAUGUAAUACAAAUGACAUGUUUUUAUGUGAGCAGUUAUUUGUGUUGUCAUAAAUAGAAAAAAUAUUAUAAGAUUAGAUUAUACAUGUGCAUUGUCUGUGAUGCAGAAUGCAAAGAAGAGCCCAUUUAUCUUUGAGGUUUAUUAUGAACCCACAAUUAAUAAGUAUUGUUUCAAUGUUGUAUUAUUACUCUUUGUCCGCAAGGACAUUACAUUUGAUUUUGAAGAAAUCAUCAAUUUGUUUGCUAUAAAAUACUCCAGUGGAGUGUUUCCAAAUAGUCACUUUCCCAUGAUUUAUUAUAGCAUUGAGUGAAUAUGUCACAGCAUGCAGUGUUAUAUUCUUGUAUCAUGUAUCUGACAAAAUCAGUAUAAAUGUUGUAUUAAGUUGGUCGUUGCAUAUUGGAUAGGUUGUCCGCCUAGCGACCAGGUUUGUGAAGUGUUCGAUUCCAACUGAACACACCGGUUCAAGUAUUCACGUCAUUAUAUGUAAACAUGGCUAAACCGGGUAAGUCAUAGUGAAAAUAUGAUAAUGAAAGACCUGGAUUUGCGGCAUUUAAAUCAUCACAAUAACCGUUUUGUUUUGCAUUUUAGCAGACAGUAAUUACAUAAAUGUUAUUUUCAAUGUUAAGUUUUACGAAAAGCCGACGUUAUUAUAAUUUUGUUCGCUACUAAAGUUAUGACAUAUAUCUCAACAUUACUCAACUGCGGCACAAAAUACCAAAUCGUAUUGCGGGUACCAUAAUAAUAAUUACGGGUUUUCCAUCGAUGGCACUUGAUUAUCGUGUUGCACGCUUACUAGAAUUUGCCCCAUAUUGUAAGUACCAUCAAAGAAUUAUUUGAUUGCUAAACGCUGGGUUCAUAUGGUGUUGGCAUUUACAGUUGAGAAUAUUUUUUUCGCAGACGCUCAUUGACAUGCGGUGAGCCUAUGGCGGGAAGCGCAAUUGAAAUACCUUGAUUUCUUAUAUGUCGAUAUAUAUUUUAAAUGCCAGUCAAAAGCCUUGAUUCCAUGCUUCAAGUAGACAACGGAAGUCGUAAGUAUGUUAAAAUGACCAAAUGUAACUGUUUAACAAUUUGAAUUGAGAUGCUGAUGUUGGAUUAUUUUUCCUUUCAGAUGAUGUAUAUUUGUGUGAUUCUAGGUUGUAAUAAAUAAUUCUGAAACAUUUAUGCAGUAUACUGUUACAUUAUUGUAAACGUUAUUAUAUAAUGUUGGUUAUCUGGUUUAUCAAGUGGAAAACAAUCUUAUUUAUAUAAAAAUAAAGCUUAUUAAGACUUA